AUGAAAUUGUUAACUCCCGGAGUCCAGGACCCUCCCUCUGUCAAAGCCUUUGAGCUCAGUGCAAAUCACUGUACUCUGGGUGACACUUAUUCAAAUCUCACCAGGACUAAAAGCAACUCCUUGGAUCUGAAGAUGUUCCUCACUGAACUGAACUGCAUGUCCCUGCUGGAGACUGCCCUGACAUCUGUAGUAUCUGUGAUCCUUCUUCUGGUUGCGUCUCACCAGCUUUGGUCCCUAAGGUGGCAUAAUGCUAGAGACAGAGGCUGUAAAUUACCUCUACCAAAAGGCUCAAUGGGAUGGCCAUUUUUUGGAGAAACACUACACUGGCUUAUCCAGGGAUCUGCUUUCCAUAGUUCCAGAAGGGAGAAGUAUGGGAAUGUAUUUAAGACUCAUCUGUUGGGCAAACCGGUCAUUCGUGUGACUGGUGCAGAGAAUAUUCGCAAGAUCUUGAUGGGGGAACACAACCUUGUGAGUUCUCAGUGGCCCCAGAGCACCCAGAUCAUCCUGGGCUCCAACACCCUGGUGAACUCCAUUGGAGAGCUCCACCGACAGAAGAGAAAGAUCAUGGCCAAAGUGUUCAGCCAUUCUGCCCUGGAGAGUUACCUCCCUCGGAUCCAGGAGGCUGUGAGCUGUGAGCUCCAUGGCUGGUGCAGAGAUCCUGGCUCCACAUCAGUCUUCCCCUCAGCUAAGACCCUGACUUUCCGCAUAGCAGCCAGGAUCUUGCUGGGACUCAGCCUGGCUGAACAACAGUUCCAAGAAAUGGCCAAAGUCUUUGAGCAGCUGGUGGAGAACCUCUUCUCCUUACCCCUGGACAUCCCCUUCAGUGGCCUCCGAAAGGGUAUUAAAGCCAGGGAUACUCUGCACCGAUAUAUGGAGGAAGCUAUUAAACAGAAGCUUGCAGCACAAGACCCAGAUGUAUGUGAAGAUGCCUUGGACUACCUGAUAAACAGUGCCAAGGAGAAUGGGAGAGCCUUCAGCAUGCAAGAACUUAAGGAGUCUGCUAUUGAGCUGAUAUUUGCUGCUUUCUUCACUACUGCCAGUGCAAGCACUUCCCUCAUCUUGCUUUUGAUGAAGCAUCCUUCUGCCAUCCAGAAGAUCAGGCAAGAGCUGCUGUCCCAGGGGCUUCUUAAACAAUGUCAAUGCCUGUCCCCUCCAGAAAACAGAAAUAACAACAUCCCAUCCCAUCAUCCCAAUGGCUGUGCAGAGGACCACUGUCAGACCUCUGGGUGCCACAUGCCCCUUCUCCUGAACUCUGAUGGACAAGUGAAAACCAUCUGGAAGCCGACACAGUGCAUGCUGGCUGAUAAAACUGAUAGAGAACAUUUGCAGCUUGUAUCUAGGAGAAUCCAUAAUGGAAUGAGUUGGGUAGAGAAGUCAUGUGGACCCACCUGCACAGAAGAUACACUUCAUAGGAGCCCCAGCUGCAAUAAGCAGCCAGGAGACCUUCAAGAAUUGUGUUCUGGAUGUUCCUGUAAUGUAGAACUCAGCCUGGACAGACUGAAGGAGCUCCACUACUUAGACUAUGUGGUGAAGGAAGUUCUGCGCUUAUUGCCACCUGUUUCUGGAGGCUACAGGACAGCCAUGCAGACCUUUGAACUAGAUGGUUACCAAAUCCCCAAGGGAUGGAGUGUCCUCUACAGCAUAAGAGACACCCACGAGACAGCAGAAGUCUACAAAAGCUCGGAGUUAUUCGACCCAGAAAGGUUUUCUCCUGAACGGAACGAAGGAAAAGCCGGUCGAUUUAAUUACAUUCCUUUUGGAGGUGGUGUUAGAAGUUGUAUCGGAAAAGAACUGGCUCAAAUAAUCCUCAAAAUCUUGGCCGUUGAGCUUGUGGCUACCGCCAAGUGGGAACUGGCCACCCCGAACUAUCCCAAAAUGCAGACUGUCCCAAUCGUUCACCCCGUCGACGGACUUCAUGUUUUCUUCAAUUUUUUAAGUUCAAACGACAGUGACCAAGCGUCAAAACUGUUAUAAUUUACCGACAACACGUCGAAGAAUAAGCCCUUAGCCACGCUUAACCCUGUGGGUGCCAAAGAGGUAAGCAAAAUGCUGCUCGACCAUAUGGCAUUAAAGGGUUAAAGCGGACCUGUCACCUUGAAAAAAGAAAGCAAGUCACGAUAAUUUUUAACCAUUGAAAAGCUGUUUUUAAUAACACACCCGAUCUCCGCUUUCUGAUUUGCUACUUAUUUUGUAUCUUUUAACAUUUCUGUAACUUUUAGGAAAGUCGAGGAGUGUUGGGUGUGUGCCCACAUUGCCCAAAGCACACUGAUUUACCUGGCUGGCAGGUUAUUUAUUAUACCUGGUCCAACCAUAAAGUUUUUUUUUUUUUCAUAAUUAUUAUUUUUUCGGUGACAGGCGCACUUUAAGCAAUUAUUAUUAUUUUUUUUUGGUUGUAUAUUUCCGGAAGGGUGCAUGUACAAUCUGUA